CGCAACAGCGCUGACAGUCCGCGACCUGAUGAGCACCAGAGAACAUUACACACCCGACAGAGAAAAAACAGAGAAAGAAGAAAUAGGUCAGACGGUAUUUUGGGGUGAUUUGACUGUGAGGGAGUGGAGAGCUGGACUAAACCAUGGCCAAAUCUACAUCUUGCACUGGCUCCACACUACUGCAGCCAAUCAGCGAGAUUAUCGAUCUACCGCUGGACCAGGUGAACUUUGUGGUGUGCCAGAUCUUUGCCCUGGUAAUGGCUUUCUGGUUCAGACUCUACCUGCACCCAAGUAAGACCAGUCCCUUCAUCCGACAUGUAGUCGCCACCCUACUGGGCUUCUAUCUGGCUCUGUUCUGCUUUGGCUGGUAUGCCUUACACUUUCUUGUUCAGAGUGGUCUUGCCUACGGCAUAAUGCUUUUCACAGGAGUGGAACACAUGCACAAAUACUGCUUUGUGGUUACACUGGGAUACCUCAGUUUCUGCCAAAUCACCAGAGUCUAUGUGUUUGACUAUGGCAUGUACUCAGCUGACUUCACUGGGCCCAUGAUGGUUAUCACACAGAAGAUCACAAGCUUGGCAUUUGAAAUUCAUGAUGGUCUGAUGAAGAGGGAGGAGCAUCUGAAACCCAGUCAAAAGUAUCUUGCUGUCAGAAAGAUGCCCAGUCUUCUGGAAUAUCUGAGUUAUAACUGUAACUUCAUGGGGAUCCUAGCAGGCCCGACCUGUUCUUACAAUGAUUACAUAGCCUUUAUAGAGGGCAGAUGCUACGAGCCCAAACAUGUGGAGUCAAACGGCAAAGAGAACUGCAAAUUCAAGCAGAGUGACCCUUCACCUAAGAGGGAUGUGAUCCAGAAAUUCUGCACAUGUGCUCUGUCCCUGCUGGUGUAUUUGGUGAUCUACACUGCGUACCCCACUGACCGUGUCAUCGAAGACUCCUUCAUGGCCUCUAACCCCUUUUACAUCCAGGUUCUGUACCUCUACAUCUCCAUGCUGGCCUUACGCCCAAAGUACUACUUUGUAUGGACGUUAGCUGAUGCCAUCAACAAUGCAGCUGGUUUCGGCUUUAAUGGCUACAACACAGAUGGCACACCAAAAUGGGACAGAAUAUCAAACUUAAGAAUACUGGAUAUAGAGUUUGCCACCAGCUUUAAGAUGUUCCUUGAUAACUGGAACAUUCAGACAGCCCUGUGGUUAAAAAGGGUGUGUUACGAGCGCUGCCCAUAUAACCCAACAGCAGCCACUUUCCUCCUCUCUGCCAUGUGGCACGGAGUGUACCCGGGAUAUUACCUGACUUUCGUCACAGGCAUUGUCAUGACAAUGGCAGCACGGGCAGUCAGACACAAUGUGAGGCAAUACUUCCUUGGCUCAGCCACACUCAAGGUCUUCUACGAUGUGAUCACGUGGGCCUGCACACAGAUCGCCAUAUGCUACACUGUUGUGCCAUUUGUACUGCUGACAGUAGGGCCAUCUCUAAAGUUUUAUAGCUCAUGGUAUUGCGGCAUUCACCUGAUCUGCUUGCUGCUGGUGCUGGUGUUACCCGUGAAGUCCAGACGCUCACACGUGAAACAACAGGAGCAGCAGAGCAGUAUUCAGACCAGCGAACACAACUGCCUCUCCUCUCAAGACAACAACUGUAAUGAGAAGCAGAUAGCCACAUGAGGGCGGCAGGGAGGGCCGCUCGCUCUCACACGCUGCUGUGAGAAACACUGAUAUCAAUACUGAGAGACACAGAGUGGCCAUUUCCACCCUCCGAUCCAACAGUGACAUUAACAAGGCACAAGCUGCAGCAACCAAACAGAAAAAAGAGACGACAAACCCAUAAUUGCCCGAUGGAGUUGGAUUUGCUUUGGUUUUAUAUAGGAAAAAACCUUCAUUGUAUCUUAUGAAAUUGCGGGUAUUCUUGAUUAUAGGAUGCAGAAUAAAUGACAAAAAUGUCAGUAAAUCUGAAGUUGCCUUAAACCCUUGAUAUUUUUAGGGCCUAUAGCCUUGUAUUUGGAUCAUGUUACGUAGGAAUGGGCAGUCAUUGUCGGCUUAUAGCAUCACUGCAUUAGUGCAGGAAGUCUAGCACUGGAAUCAGCUUCCAAUUUACCAAGAUGAUUCUGCCAUUGUCGUUUUAAACAAAGUAACCUCUGUUCAAGUUCUUCUCAAAAGUACAUUUUUGUGUUGCCAAACUCAUAGGCCUUAGGUUCCUAUCUCUUAUCAUGGGUUGAUCUUUAUUGUAUGAUAAUAGAGCUGUUCAGUUAUGACGUCAGUUUGUAGACCAACAUGGAAGGCUAGUUCGCCAUGGGUUCCCUCUGGAAUUUCUAAUGGGUUUUUAGAAUGGUGGUUUUCAGUUUACGAGUAAAAUAAGGUCUGUAGUUAACAUUACUAGUAGAAAAUUUGUCGUUUUGUUCAGCAACUUAAAUUAAACAAGUUAUAAACAUGCUUGAUACAGUAAUUGACGUAUAAUUCACCAGACAACCGUCGCAGUCCUUAUGUAGCAUCACAUUAAUUUAAGUUUAAGGUAUGAUGGUGUAAUUUAUGUUGUAUAACAAAAUGUGAAAGUCUCUAAGUAAUUUUAACCACAGACUUUAUUUUACUCAUAAAUACAAUCCUAUUAGAAAUUCCUGAGGGAACUCAUGGCUCAAAAAUGCAAAUUCUUGGGUUUUAGAACUACAAACUUAACAGCUCUAUUUCUGUGGUUUUCUAGUAGGUUCAAUCUGCUGCUUUCUAUGGCUUGUCAACCUUUGUUGGGAACAUGGGUUGACAUUAAAGGGUAGGUGUCUUCAUUUAAUAUAAUUGUUCUUCUUUCUAUGAUUUCAGUGAUUUUUAUGUUGAUUUUUAUGAAAGGUUUUCUAUUUCAUUAUGGGUUGUAUUUGUGACAUUGUUUAUGGUUUGUAGGUUUCCUCAGGGCUCGCAGGUCUUAUUUUAGACUUAUUUGCUCUAUGAUCUGUGUUUCUCAGCAGCAUAGAAGCCAUUAAGAGAAAACGCCAUUCAGUGGCUCUCAUUCACUAAUAUGUGAAUACAACAGGUGCGUACGCAAAUUAAUUUGUUCUUACCUUUGUUCUGAUGUUGAUGAAUCCAGAUUAUUCUAAAUUAGGGAGUCCUCUAAGUAAUUUGCAUAAUACACACCUAGACUAUCUCCAAAUAAUGGCUUUUUGGACACUGCUCUCAUCUGAGAGCACAUGAAGCAAGAUCUUCUAGUAAAGUGAAGCUUGCCAUUCUCAAAACCAGUUGAAAUGCAAUAAAAUGAUUUUAUAUAGGCAUAAACUAUACAUCAUUGGCAGUUUUUAUGUAGAACUUAUCCCUGAUCGUGCUAUAAAGGUCUUAUAAGGUUGCGAGAGAUCCUGGGUCCAGAUCCCGGACGAGCCCCCAAUUUAUUGCUUCCCUAGGAGCAGUGGUUCUAAACCCUGUUCCUGGAGGCCCUUCAACACUACACAUUUUGUAUAUCUCCAGUUUUUGACACACAGUUCAGGUUAUAGGAGAUGACCCACCCCCCCAUCCCCCCCACUCACACACACACACAAACAGGGAACUUAACAACAAUACACCUGCACAAAACAACAAUAAACCUAACACGAAAUAAUAUAAACUUAACACAGUAGCAUUGGAUAGGAGCCUAGCUUAAGAUGUGAUGCCUUUAUUGAAUCGAUUUGAAAUAAUUUUUGUUGUUUGUUGGAUCUCUAUUGAAAUAAACAGAACUUUUUUGCAAAAGCCAAGUAAGCCAAGAUAUAAUAUAUUGUAUGAUUUCGCCAUCUCACACAAAUUAUAAUGAGUUGUUGUAGAACUAUGUUGCAUCAACUCCUGUUGGCCUUAUAAACACUGAAUGUGUUAAACCACAAUGUUUAUAUGAAUAUCUAAGGGCGGUUCAGACCGAACACAUGACCUAAAAAAGCUAAAUGCUGUGCAACGAAUAGAACAGAAAGUGUGUCAAGACACGUUUGUAAAAGUUGACGUUCUUUUUAACCUUAUUCCUGCACUUGGUGUGGACAUUCCCUAAGUGACCCUACAAGAAGCUUUAGGGUUUGAGUAAGAGGUUAGACUUUAUGGUAAGGUUUUGAGUUUGAGUUGAGUUUGGGUUGGGUUGGGAUUAAACUUAAAUUGAAACAACCUAAAAAUUGUAAGAAGGCUCAUUCAAAACCCUGAUUGUUUCUCUUUCUUUCGUGGAACACAACAGCCAUUUCCCCCAAAAAAUCAUGGUUAGGUUUGGGUUAGUAGUUACUUAUAGGAAAAAUCGUAAAAACUUUUCUUAUUGGUUAAUUUUUCUUUAUGGGAGUAAAAGUCACAAGUUUUUGUAAGAGCCAACUCAUAUGAUUUUCGUCAUUGGACCGGGUUGGUUUCUGCUUACGUGUGGUUUCAGUUGGUUCAACAUUUUAUUAUAAAUUUAGAAGUAGUGCAAGCACAAAGUUGUUGAUGAAAGUGUCUGCACACAGGUUUUAUAUAUGGUUAGAGAAUGAGACCCAGUAUUUCUCAAUAUCACAAUUGGUUUAUUCAAAUGAAUUUUUAUGUUACAGAUAUACACAAGUGCAAUAACUGUAUUUCAUCCUUUUUUUAUUUGGUGCAUGUUGAGUGAAAAUAUGGCAUUUAUUUUUGCAAACAAUGCAAGUGCUCUUAUCAAAUUACAACAAUAGUCAUAAUUUGGUAGUUGUUCAGUACACGUAUACUCCGUAAUUGGACACAUGCAAUACUACAUAGAAUAGCUGGAUAAAUGCAUAAUUUAUUCAAAGAUGGAGUAUUUUUCUAUCAUCCAUCUGUUUUCUUGAGCCCUAAAGAAACCUGCAACAAUUUUGAUUAGAAAAGUUGAAUUAUUUUUGUCACAUCAUUGUAUUUCUUCAUAUGUUAUCCUCAAAACAAUGUCCGAAAGCCUUGCUCAUGCCACUUCAUCUUAGUCCUCCAAAAUAAGAGCAAAUAUGUGUUUUCUACCACAAGUUUUACACCGUGUGAAAAGUGACUUAUCUUCACAUGAAUUGAGAAAAGAUCUUAAUAUGGUAAUGAUGGGCCUAAGAGACUAAAGCAUUUACCAAUGUGAGUUUUACUGCAUAUUUGUUAACUUUUUGAUCAAGACUUCAGAAGUAUUCGUUAGAAUAUCUGAGUUGAGUGAAAACAUGAGCUGGACCAUAUACAUAGCAAGUUUAGUAACAAGAAAAUGUUCUUCAUGGGGGUAAAGUCGACAACCUUCCAACCCUCUGGUUUUGUAAGCACACGUCUCUAAAGUCAUAUUGUAUUUUGAUUCACAGAACACCAGGCACAUAAAAUCAGAUUACAAACAAUUUUAGCAACUGCAAAACCGGUAAGAAGAUUAUUGACAAAUCUGCAACUCUUGUUGGUAUUAUAUGGUUUUGCAAGUGCCGAAAACCUUUUUAGUGCUAAACGAAGAGUCUUGCUCACCAGUCUUUUAAUAUAUAUAUUUGUAAUAUUUUUUUACUUUUGUCCUUAAAGAGAUAGUUCACCCGAAAAUGAAAAUUAUGUCCUCUUUUAUUCACCAUCAUGUUCUUCCAAAACCUGUAUGACUUUCUGUCCUCCAUGGAACAAAAAAGUACAUGUUAGGCAGAAUGUUAGCCUCAGUCACCAUUCACUUUCAUUGGAUCUUUUUUCCUAUACAAUGAAAGUGAAUGGUGUCUGAGGCUAUCAUUCUGCUUAACGUUUCCUUUUGUGUUCCACAGAAGAAAGCAGUAGUCAAAAGGGUUUGGAACAAUGUGAAGGUGAGUAAAAGAUGACCAAAUCUUCAUUUUGGGGGGAACUAUUCCUUUAAUGAAUUAAUUGUGGGUUACCUACCCAAAGGGAAUAUUUUCUUUAGUAACUAGUGAACUAACCACAUAACCAGCACCUCAACACUAACUUGCUUCAAACGUCCAAAGUGCCAAAUCACUCGAGGUGCACAAGCUGUACAUCUGCAACAAAAACAUCACUUUAUUUGUAAAGGUUUACAACAGGGUGAGAGGCUUGUACUAAAAAAGAGUGAUUAAUUUGGGCUUAAAAGAACAUUAUUUUUCCUACUGACAAUCAGAGAGGUAUUAUUUUUCACUCUCUCCCUUUUUGCACUUUUGGUUGGAAUGAGUCAUGGUUGUGCUAAAGUAGAAAAACUGCCAGAACAAUGCAAGAUACUUCUGAUAUACUCAAUGGAUUGACUAUAUGGUUACUAGAAAUUAAAUGUUUGAAUUACCCCACAACAUUAUAUAUACAGUGUAGCGUCUUUUUAUUGUUAAAAGAAAAUCAGGAUGGCGUUCCAUUGUUAUUAGCUUAUUAUGUAAACAUGCUCCAUCCAUAGACUGUAUUCAUUGUUGUUUAUGUAUAAACAUUGUCCCUUUGUUCAAUUGCUGUUCAGCUGCAUACAAAAUGUGUUUUGUUUGUCAAGGCCCAAGUAAUGAAUUUUGAAGGCAUAGAUCAGCGUUAUUUAUCUGGUAAAUUUCAGUUACUGUACAUGUGGUUAGGUAAUUCGUUGAUUUCCGUACUAUUCCUAACUACUGAUUCUGCAAUGAAUGACCCAAAUCUAUGUGAAACUGCGGUGACUACUGUCAUUUCUUUAUAGUACCCCACUUGUACACUAACAACUUAAACUGUUCUGUCCUUUUAUAUUGUCUUGUUGAUCUGUUUGGUAAUCAUUCAAAUGUUAUUGAUUGGUGACCUUUUGUGAACAUGCAAACCUCUAACUGAUUGCUGAGCUUUCCAGUUAUUGCCCAGAAUCCUUUUACUUUGCCUAUAUGAUUCCACGGAUCGGCCAUGGCAUUGGAUUAACUGGCAGUAUACUGGAACACUGAGGAUAUUUAUCAGAUGUAAUGUGGUUGUGGAGAUAUACAGGAAAAGUAAUACCGAAUGUAUUAAACAGUCUUUUUUUUGUGCAAAACAACUUUUUUACUGUCAUUCAACAUGGAUUGAGAACUGUUUGGAGGGGAACCAGCACUGUUUUUUACUGUUUUUUGUUUUGUUUUGUUUUUUUUCUCUUCUAAAAUCUGUGUAAUAACCAUAAAUUGAGAUGUGAUACCCAACAUUUGAAUGGUUUAAUGAAUUGAGUGCUCUGAAACCAAACAGUCCUCCUUUAAAUACAGGACUUGACACAAUCAUUUAACUCC